AAAGACCUGAAAACGCUGCUGUAUUCCACAAGCUUCUACAGCUGGCUUCAACAACUUGGAGACAGCCUGCCUGCGUUCUUUUCUGGAAUUUCGAAGCGCCAAUCGGCGAACCUGUUGAGUAUUUCCGCGGCCAAAAAGUCAGUUGGUACCACUAAGUUACCAACGUAUUCUUUGUUUGGCCCGACCCAAAUUUGUAAAAAUAAAUCCAAUUUCAACUUGGACUGCUUUCGAAGUCCGGCUGCGCCUUCCACAAUUUUCCUUUUUCGUGAGACCUGA